GUUAUAAAAGCUUCUCAUUUGUAACUUAUGAAUGCCCAGUUCCUUCCAUCACAAUGUUCCGUUAUCGUUUCCUCUCCAUAACUUUGGUUUCGAAAUCGAUUCCGACCCAUUUAGCGCAAAAUGGGGCAAGCGCAGGGAACCCUUAUCUCUGCAACCAUGGUUGCCAUUCUCAUCUGAAUAAUGACACCAUCAAGAACUUCAGCCUUUUAGUUCAAACCAAGUUGAAAGCAAGUAACAAAUUAUCUGCCAGCAUGUUCCUUUUCUCUAAAGGCUAUCCCCUGCUGUUCUAUUCUUCGCAUUCCAAUUACGCAACACUGAGAUCCGUGGGAAGAAGAAAAUAUAAGAAGUCGAAAACAGUUAGCAAACCAACCCUUAACGAAGCUCAGUUUCAUCAGUCAGUAUCCCAACUCCCACCAAGAUUCACCCCAGAAGACCUCUCCAAUGUCAUAACCCUCCAGGAAGAUCCUCUGGUCUGUCUUGAGCUCUUCAAUUGGGCUUCACAUCAACCCAGGUUUAGACAUGAAGUCUCGACAUACCACAUCACAAUCAAAAAGCUUGGCUCUGCUAAAUUGUACCAAGAGAUGGAUGAUGUUGUUAAUCAAGUUCUUGCUAUUUCUGAUAUUGGGUCCGAAGCUCUUUUUAAUACAAUGAUAUACUUCUUCACAGAAGCUCGGAAAUUGUCGAGAGCCGUUAGUAUAUACAAGCAUAUGAGGAAGAGCAGAGAUCUUGGUUGCAGGCCUUCUAUUAUCACAUACAACCUGCUUUUUACUGCUCUUUUGGGUAGGGGGAAGAAUUCUUAUAUAAAUCAUGUCUACAUGGACACUAUAAGAAGCCUUUUCAGGCAAAUGGUCAAUGAUGGGAUUGAACCUGACAUCUUCUCUUUGAAUGCGAUGAUCAAAGGCUAUGUCAAUUCCCUUCAUGUCAAUGAUGCUCUUAGAAUAUUCCAUCAAAUGGGUACGGUAUAUAAAUUCAUUCCUAAUUCGCAUUCCUAUGAUUAUCUGAUCCAUGGGCUUUGUGCACAAGGCCGGACAAUCAAUGCUAAAGAGUUGUACAGCGAAAUGAAGAACAAGGGGUUCACUCCAAGCAGUAAGGCAUACAACUCCCUUGUGAAUUGUCUGGCUAUUGGUGGCGAGGUUGAGGAGGCUGUAAGGAUUGUGUGGGAGAUGGUUGAGAGGCAAAAGUCAGCAGAUUUCAUAACGUACCGGACGAUCUUGGUUGAGAUAUGCAGGCAGGGAAGGGUUGCAGAAGCCAUGAGGUUGUUGAAGGAGUGGCAAGAGAAGGAUAUUAUGGAUGGCUACACUUAUAGGAAGCUUCUACAUGGGCUCGAAGAUGAAUUUGAAAAUCGAAAUGACUGAAAGCAUCUGAUGACAAGAAGACGCUCAAGAGUUUCUAAGUUUCGUCAUGGAUCAAAUGCAUGAUGAAUUACUCAAGCUUGAAGGUGUUUCAAACAUAAAUGAUGGUAAAUCAUCAUUGAUUUCAUUUACAGAAGAUGAUGACUGGGAGAC